AUGGUACGUUGUUGUCCUAGUCUCCACAAACAUGCUGUCGGAUGGAAUGUGCUCUUCAAUUCGGCGUUGAAGCAAUCAACGGCCGUUCGUCGUGAUCUGGAGACGUUCGCGCAGGCGCCGGCCACAGCGUCUCCUGCCCUCCAAGGACAAAUCUCUACCACGCUGACGAGUCUCGCACGCACGCUCGACGAUUACCAGAAUCUAUCACGAAACGAGCUGAAUCAGGAAAAGAAGGACAAAGCAAUCGAACGAUUAAAAAACUUUCGGGCCGACUUGGCCUCUUAUCGAACCCAGUUUGAUCAGUUGAAAAAGGAGCGUGAAGCCGCCGUCGCGGCCAACAACAGGAACGAACUACUGGGAAGACGACCGCAUCAUGCUGCAACACCCGAGAACCCAUACGCCCAGGUUACCAGCGCCGGUCAGUCGGCGUUUGCACCGGCACACCGCAAUACCCAGGACGGGCUGUCCUUUGGCGCGGGUCCCAACGCCUACGCGAGAGAGGAACAUGCGUUGCGCGAACAGAAUUUCUUCAGCACCGCCAAUGCCCAGCUCGACGAGUUCCUCGAUCGUGGCCGAGCAGUGCUCGGUGACUUGAGUCAACAGCGAGAGAUCCUCAAGGGCACACAGAGGCGGUUGUACAGUGUCGCCAACACCCUCGGUGUCAGUGGUGAUACUAUCCGCAUGGUCGAAAGGAGAGCCAUGCAAGACAAAUGCAUCUUCUGGGGUGGCGUCGUCGUUUUCUUCCUCUUUUGCUUCUUGGUCAUUCAUUAUCUAAGAUGA